GUCCACGAGGAGACGUUCUAUGCGUUGGAUGCAAAUAGCGGUGGGUUUGUUCCCCGGACAGGGGGAAGGCAUCAGCGGGCAGUUGCCUGCGCAGAAUUCCUCUGUGCGGUCUACAUCAGUGACUGCCAUGCCCGACGUCUACGUCUCGAGAUUCUGAUGACGGAGUUCCUCGUGGAAAAGUUCUUUCGCAAGGAGUCCACGGUCUUCCGCGACUGUUCAAAGCCCAGUCUUCCCGAUGCUGA